GGAAUGAAGAGGUUCAGACGGAGUGAGAUUGGCCUCUGGAGUGCCUCGUAAUCAUCGAUAUUUGAUCUCAAAUAUAUGACUUGCACAAGAUGUUAAGAUGACCGUCGAUAGUGGCGGUGGAGGCAUGGGCGGGGGUGGAGAGACAUUGUCAGAGUCAGAGACUCAUGAUAAGGAGCUGCGAGCACGCCUCUUACACUUCCACACAUCCUUCAGUUCUCAAGAAAGCAACCAUGCGAACGCCUCCAUAGGUGGAUGGCUGGAUCACCAGCACGACCCAGGAACGAUGGCAGAAGAUUUAGUCUCAGAUGAUCCUGAUGGUGUAGGGCUGCUCUGGCAUGAUGACCCGGACUCCGGCCAUCCCUUCACGAGGGCUGCACUGCAGGGUGAUGUUGCCACUGUCAAGGACCACGUCAGCAGGCAGACUUUUGACCCAAAUUCAAAGAAAGCCCAGCACGCUCUUCUGGUGGCUUGUCGUACAGGAAAUGUGGAGCUUGUUCAUGUCCUCUUAAAUGCAGGAGUUGAUGUGCACUGCAGAGACUCUAAGUCCAGCUGGCAACCAAUACACAUUGCAACUUAUCGUGACAAUGUUGCUGUGGUGGAAGCCCUUGCCAUGCACGGGGAAUGGCGGAGAGGCUUGGCCCUUGUUAGAUUCCGUGGAAUCACGUGUAGCUUACUUCACCUGGCAGCCAAUUUUGGGUGCCUGGCAGUGCUGCGGUACCUUCUGUCUCACACAGUUAGACUUGGGCUUCACAUAGAAUCUCGCGAUGCUGCUCACUGGACAGCCCUCCACCAUGCAGCCUUUGAGGGACGCAUGCAAGCAGUCACACUCCUGCUGCAGGCAGGUGCAGAUGUCAACUCUGCUGACCCCCAUGGUGUCACAUCAUUACACGUGGCUGCAUACAGAGACCAUACCAAUGUAGUGAGGCUCCUGCUGUCUCGUGGAGCCAAUCCAAAAAUGAUUGUCAAAACUCCUACCUCUGAAACAGAACGGGGUUUCGAGAGAGUGGAGCCCAUCAUCAAAUUCCAUGCUGGGUCGACACUCCUCCACUGGGCGGCCUCUAAGGGCUAUGAUGACCUGGUGGCUGAUCUUCUUGCUAGGGGUCUUGCGGUCAGUGCAUCAGACCGCCUUGGCCGCACACCCCUAGGGGUCGCCAUGUGGGCUGGUAACACCAGUAUAGUCAACACACUAAUUCAAGAAAAGGUGUCACUCACAGAGGAAGACAAAGACUGGAGUGCUAUCACACGCGAAGAGGUUGGCCUGAGUAUCGUCAAGGUGAUAGAGGAGACUGCAGUUUGCUCCCUUGACGCCUGCCGCACUGAUGGAUUCACCCUGCUUCACCUUGCUGCACAAAAUGGCUAUCCCAACAUGAUGCACCGACUCCUCUCGCUUAAGCUAUCACCAGAUGUGAAGAACAACCAGGGCGAGACCCCCCUUUUUGUGGCCAUCCGUAGCAACCAGCUGGCCUGUGUACAGCAGCUGAUCAAUGCCGGGACACGCCUCAGUAUAGUGGAUAACCGAGGGGGCUCUGCACUGCACAUGGCAGCCAAGAAGGGCAACGUAACAGUGAUUGACAUGUUACUGACAACCUCAGAGCUGGAGGAACGGGAUAUAGAUAUUAACCGUUGUGAUAAUAUUGGGUAUACGCCCAUAUAUUACGCUAUCAAUGCCAGCAGGUAUGACAUAGUCCAGAGGUUCCUGGAAUACAGCCUGGUACGGAAGGUGCAUGUGAAAGCAACCAAUGGGGAGACGCUCCUGCAGUUCUACACAGAGAGGAACAACUUAGGCCAGUAUGACAAUGCAGUGGUGCGGGUGCUGGAGUGUGAGAAGCUCCUUCACAGCACCAAACCCAGUGCAGAGAUGUGCCUCCAUGUGCAACUGGGAACAACUGAAGCCAGCUCCAAGGCCCGAACUCAGCUCCAGGCCAUGUAUGAGUCGACCAAGGCCCAGCGCCACUGUUGGAACUUCUGGUUCUUCCUCUCGUGCUUUCUCCUUCCUUCUGUCUUUUACUACCUAGAUGUGUACACAGACAUUCUCCUGGCAGUUGAGUACUACAAGGAAUAUGUGAGGAUCAUGAGGAAUACCACUGAUAUGGCUGACAAUCAGACACUGCCUGUCGGAGAGGAGUCGGAAGAGCAGGUCUUCAUGGGGAUUUUCUACAACAUCACAGAGUCACAGUACAAGAUCAACUUUGUGCUGACACUGUUCUUCAUACUACUACCUAUCACACUGCUCUCCCUGUGGAAUCUGUAUAUCCACGUGACGCAGCCAGACAUCCUGCCUGUGUUCCGCCUGCUGCCCAGCUUCCUCCGGGUCACCUUGUACUCUGUCAUAUUCCUCACCCCCCUCGCCCCUGUCAUGGCCUACUUGGAGAACACUUAUGCACAAAUGAAACACAUGAAUGUUACGGCCAGGCAGAUGCAAGAGGUGGACUCCAAGUCAUACAACAGCCUAGGGGGUCCUGGCAACACCAAGACGUACCGCCACCACAUGAGGGACCAGAAGAUUCGCAAGUACUAUGACCUGAAGCAUGUGGCUCAGAUGCGCGUAGCCAUAACUAAUGUGAUGGAGGCCACAUUGGAGUCGGCCUUCCAGCUCAUCUUGCAAUUGUACAUCGUGGGUACGCGAUACACAGAGCUGGAUGAGGUGAAAGAUGUUACCCUGGGCUCCAUCCUGUCACUGUCGUCAGGCGGGCAGAAGACACAGCUGUCCAAGCAGGUAUUCUCCGUGCUCAUCUCACUGGUGUCGUUGACGUGGUCGUUCACCUCGUACCACCGUUUCUCCAAGCUGGGUGGGCUCACUAUCCUCAAUGCGCUGCCACUCCUCUUCGCCAUUUUCUUCCAGGUUGUGUCCCGGGCAAUAGCAUGCACCGUGUUCACCCUGGCGUACACGUGGAAGGUGUUUGUCGUGCUGGGAGUGCACUUCGUCAUCGUCCUUGUCUUCAAGCUUAAAUUGGAAGAGAGCCUACCUUACAGGUCAGUGCUCCCCGUACGGAACUACAGGUGCUGCCACUGCCUGCUGGCCUACCUCCGCCCUUACUUCUACGUCUUCCUUGGCACCAUUGCGUCAACGCUGGUCUAUUUCCGUCUUGAGCGCCCGUCCGCCGUCAAGAAGCUACUUGCACGCAGGCACUCCACAGUUGUCAUUCAGGUGUUGUUCCUGAUCCUAGCCUUCAUUGAGAACCUGGUUCUCCUCUCUUUGGGGAUAGUCGGCCUCAACAAGGAAAAGUAUGACUCCACCUUCAUCAUCAUCUCAUCGGUGGUGUGUGCACUCAGCUAUCUCAUCGGUGUCAUACUCCAUGCUGUUUAUUAUAGCUGCUUUGGACACCCCUGGGUGGACAUCAAUGGGCCAUCUCUGACCCAUGACCGGGAUGAAGGUGUGCUGGUGCUGGCUUAUUAUCGCCAGGGGCAGAUCUCCAAAUGGUCGUUCCACUCCUGCUGCACAGUUGUCCACCACAAUGAGCUGCCCACCGACAACAUCUACCGCCAGGACUUGCAGAUCAAUGGCAAGGAUCGACAGAGCGCAGUCACCAUGAAGCAAAAAAUCAGCAAAGUUUCCAGGAUGAGCUAGUAAGCAUCACAGCCACCACUUCACUGCAACAGUCGCAGUGUUAGACGUCUCACUACAGCACCCACCCACCCAGUCCACUCCCCCCUCGCCACCUGUGACUGCACUUGAGCAGAUACUCUCAGAUGUGGUAUGGAGGCAAGUCUUUCCUUGUCUCCAGGGGUCUAAACCCUUGGGUCAUCUCCUAGCUAAGAGGGGACGGAAAAUGCCCUGUACAACCCAUUGGGGGAGUUCCCACACUGACUCAUCAGUACCUGUUGCUGCAGGAAAUGCACAAUACCCUCACCCCAUGACUGUCUCCCCCCCUCCCAUACCCCCCUAAGCACCUCCACCAAUCUACCAUUUAGCUCAUCCUCCCACCCUAUCCUCUGUCAUUACCAUUGGUAAAAGUGUCACUGCCAUCACCUCACAUGCAUUAGUGUUUUAUGUUAGGUUACAAUCACAUUAUUGUUAUUCAAGACAUCAUUUUUAAUCCUGUGUUCUGUUAUUACACAAGAGAACUCUUGCCAUCACAACCAGAGAAUGAAGAGACCCCUCCUUCCCACCACAAAAGAAUAUCAAAUAGACAUACCGCUGUAAGCAUUCACAGAAGGACAAUGUUUUGAGGUGGGAAAGAGGGUCAACAGACAUCGUCACAGAUUUCAUGAACUGAUGGAUUGAGGAGCUGCAGGUCUCCCAUUGAUGCCUCAUCGCCUCUUUCUUGGGUAGACUUUGAAACGCACCUGUAAUUCUUCAUAUAUAUGUACAUCAAUCUAUCUUUAUACACACACACACACACACACACAUACACAUACACAUACACAUACACAUACACAUACACAUAUACAUACACAUACACAUACACAUACACAUACACAUACACAUACACAUACACAUACACAUACACACACACACACACACACACACACACACACACACACACACACACACACACAUACACAUACACACACAUACACACACACACACACACACACACACACACACACACACACACACACACACACACACACACACACACACACACACACACACAUACACAUAUAUACACACACAUAUACACACACAUGCACAUACACAGACAUACACAUGUAUGUAUGUAUGUAUGUAUGUAUGUAUAUAUGUAUAUUUAUAUUUGUGUCUGUGUGUGUGUGUGAUGAGUUUCAAUGUAUCUAAGUCCCCCUAAAGCCAAUUCCUAAACCCUCCCUCAGAACAGAAGAGAACAGAUGCAGUGCCAAGCGGCUUUAAUUUGGGAAGUCAGGGUUAUGCUUUGUAACUUCCGAGAGGUGAACAUGCCACCCGUACCACAGGCCAUUGUAGUCCUGAUCUGUGUAAUGUUAUUCAUAUGUUCUAAAUGUCUCUGUGUCAAAUACAUGUUGCAUAUGUUCAGUGUCAUAUUGGUCUCUUUUAUGUUCAUUCAAUGAGGUUGUUUAAAUCUCUUUAUGUUAUGUAUAUAUUUUCUCUCUCUCUCUCUCUCUCUCUCUCUCUCGCUCACACACUUUAAUUCUAUUAUUUAUGUUAUAGAUAAUCAUUGUAGAUAUCAGCUUUUAAUGUGCAAUGCUCGUUUUUAUCUGUAUAUCAUUGUAUCCCUGGCCUAAGAGGUGUUAUGAAAACUGUAAAAUGAAUUAUGGAAGUAUGCCUUUCAUACCAGGUCACAAGACAAUGCAUUUCUUUACUGGACAGUUACAGAUUUCUUAUAUAUGAGUUUUUUUUUUUUAUCAA